UUACAGCUACGGCUCCAGCAGAGAAGGACCCGUGAGCAGCUGGCAGACCAAGGCAUCAUGCCACCACUGAAAAGCCCAUCUGCAUUCCAUGAACAGCGAAAAAGUCUGGAGCGAGCCAAGACUGAAGAUUAUCUCAAGCACAAGAUCAGAAGCAGGCCUGAGCGCUCAGACCUGGUCAACAUGCACAUUCUGCAAGACUCGGCUGCAGAGGGGUCCAUUCAGUCGACUCAAAUGAAGCUGAAAAGAGCCCGACUGGCAGAUGACCUCAAUGAAAAGAUCGCUCUCAGGCCGGGUCCUUUGGAGCUGGUGGAGAAGAAUAUUAUUUCCGUUGACUCUGCAGUGAAAGAGGCCAUAAAAGGUAGUGAAAGGAAAGGGAAGCUGGUGUGGGAGGAGAAACAGAGCAAAAAGGAUCAUCCCCCCAGUGCCGAUGGCCACGCUCCGGACACAGCCUCGGGGCAGGGCAGCCAGUGUGACAGCCCCAAGCAGACGGGGGGGCAGGACAGCCCCACGCUCCCCGUGCCCUCUGCAGUGAAGUCCAAAUCAUCCACUGAUAGCAAGAACCGUCACAAAAAGCCCAAGGACACGAAGCCCAAAGUGAAGAAGCUCAAGUACCACCAGUACAUCCCUCCAGACCAGAAGGCAGAGAAAUCCCCUCCACCCAUGGAUUCUGCGUAUGCCAGACUGCUCCAACAACAGCAGCUCUUCCUGCAGCUCCAGAUCCUCAGCCAGCAGCAGCAGCAGCAGCAGCAGCAACAGCACUUCAGCUACUCCGGGAUGCACCAAGGACAGCUAAAGCAAUCAAAUGAACAAAUGGUCAAAAGUUCAAAUUCUUCAUCAACUUCUGUCAACAACACCCCUCUUUCUCCAGUGAAAACCACCUUUUCAGGCCAGACUUGUGUCUCAUCUAUCAAGCCAGGCCCUCUGCCAUCCAACCUGGAUGAUCUCAAAGUGUCAGAGCUGAGGCAGCAGCUCCGAAUACGAGGUCUGCCUGUGUCAGGUACCAAGACAGCACUGAUGGAGCGUCUGCGGCCCUUCCAGGAGUGCGGCAGCAACGCGGUGCCAAACUUCAGUGAGAUCACCACCGUCACCUUCCCAGUCACUCCAACAAGCACGCUGUCGAGUUACCAGUCGCAGUCCUCCACCAGCAUGUUAUCAAAUGGCUUCUACCACUUUGGCAGCACCAGCUCCACCCCACCCAUCUCACCCGCCUCCUCUGAUCUCUCUGUGAGCGGCUCUUUGCCAGACACGUUCAAUGAUGGGCCCAUGUCUUCCCCGCAGUUCGGUCUCCAGCCAUCUCCAGUUCAUGGCAGUGCUGAAGAAAGCCUCAUGAGCAGCAUGAACGGAGGGAGCAUCCAGCUGGAACUGGAAGGAAUUGACACAGAGAAAGACAAGAUGCUGGUGGAGAAGCAGAAGGUCAUAAAUGAACUGACGUGGAAGCUGCAGCAAGAGCAGAGGCAGGUGGAAGAGCUGCGGAUGCAGCUCCAGAAGCGAAAGAGAAGCAAUGGCCUUGAGGAGAAGCAGCAGACUGCUCAGCAUUUCUUUAGUGUCCCCAUCAAGCAAGAAAAUGCUGUGUCCAGCUGUCCAUUUGCAUCCAAACAAAAGACCUCGAAAGGCCAGGCAGGCAGCUCGGACAAGCUCGGUAACCGUGCGGUGCCGCAGGUGCCCCACAUUGUAAACAGCCACUGCUUGGAGCCUGCAGGGCAAAGCACCAUCACCUCCUCGACAUUCCUGAGCCCGCAGUGCUCCCCCCAGCACUCUCCCCUCGGGGCUGCCAAGAGCCCCCAGCACAUCAGCCUCCCGCCGUCCCCCAACAGCCACUACCUGCUCCCGGUGUCCCCCGUGCCCGCGGACGGGCACAGCGGGUCCCCGACCGGCAGCUCCUGCCUCCGCACAGCACCGCAGAUGACACGAAGUCAGCAGAUGGAUGAGCUCCUGGACGUGCUGAUUGAGAGUGGAGAAAUGCCAGCCACCGCCAAGGAAGAUCGGUCCUGCCUCCAGAAAGUACCUCAGAUAACAGUGUCUCCAGGGAGCACUGGUGCCUCUCUCCCCAAGCCCCCAGCCCCCUUCGAGCAGGUCCCCCCCACGCCACUGCCCUUUGAGCACUGCCCGGGCAGCAGCGACGCCCACCUCGAGGUGCUGCUGAACAGCCCCCUGGGCAGGGUCAGUGACAUGGCCCUGCUGAAGAUGGGGACAGAGGAGCCCCACUUUGAGGGGAUGAUGGAGGGGUUCUCUGGCAAAGCCGCAGAUGAACUGCUCAACUCCCAGGAGAUUUUACAGACUCCCCUCUCGCCCAUGGAAACCCAGCUCUCCCCUUCCCCUGCCGAAGGCUCCAGUUUACAAAUGAGUUUCACUGAGUCUCCAUGGGAAACAAUGGAGUGGCUGGACCUCACCCCCCCCAGCUCUGCCACCGGCUUCGGGUCACUCACCCCCGCGGGUCCCAGCAUCUUCAACAUCGAUUUCCUGGAUGUUACCGACCUCAACCUGAACACCAGCAUGGACCUGCACCUGCAGCAGUGGUGAAGGGAGGUGCUGGGGGUGGAUGCUGUGAGCCUGCAGCAGGCAGUGCCGUGUUUCUGUCGUGCCGGAAAACAUGCGGGGCUAACGUGCCUCAUCCAGGGGAAACUGGAGUCAUUUUCCCAGCAUAUAAACUUCUUUGAAUUUCCCGUCACUGCAAAUUGACAGCACAACUCUGAUACUUUGGUUUUCCUCCAUUGACACAUCCCAACAGAGGACACCAGUGCCUGAAAAAACACUUCCUUUGAUUGACAAGAACUUCAGUUUUCUUUCUUUAGUCUUUCUCCCCCAGUUUUAGUAGUCACUCUCAUGAGAACUGGAGCAGCUUAUGACAAGACUGCAUGGGGAGAUGACCUCACCUGGGUGGCAACAGGAAAUCACAGAGCAAAGAGCCCAAUGUUGCCCUCUCCUCUCCUCUCCUCUCCUCUCCUCUCCUCUCCUC